CCCGCGCCCCUCCCCCGCGAGGCCCUCAGUGCCAGGCGGGAGGCGACAGCGGUUGGAAGCUUCGCAGGGCUUUGCAGCGGGGACUUCGGCGGCGGCGGCGGCGCCUCAGGCACCUCGGCCCUGACACAAUGAGGCGAGUGGUACGGCAGAGCAAGUUUCGGCACGUAUUUGGACAAGCGGUGAAGAAUGACCAGUGUUAUGAUGACAUCCGGGUUUCUCGAGUGACCUGGGAUAGUUCCUUUUGCGCUGUCAAUCCCAGAUUUGUUGCCAUAAUCAUAGAAGCAAGUGGGGGAGGAGCAUUUCUUGUGCUUCCUUUGCACAAGACUGGUCGAAUUGACAAAUCCUACCCUACAGUAUGUGGUCACACAGGACCGGUGCUCGACAUAGACUGGUGCCCACAUAACGAUCAGGUCAUUGCCAGCGGUUCAGAGGACUGCACGGUUAUGGUAUGGCAGAUCCCAGAAAAUGGACUCACCCUUUCCCUGACGGAACCUGUGGUGAUUUUAGAAGGUCACUCAAAGAGAGUUGGCAUCGUGGCCUGGCACCCAACAGCCCGCAAUGUGCUUCUUAGUGCAGGCUGUGAUAAUGCCAUCAUCAUCUGGAACGUGGGGACGGGGGAAGCCCUGAUAAACUUGGACGACAUGCAUUCCGACAUGAUUUACAAUGUCAGCUGGAACAGGAAUGGCAGUCUGAUCUGCACGGCUUCCAAAGACAAGAAAGUGAGAGUAAUCGAUCCUAGGAAACAGGAGAUUGUUGCUGAGAAGGAGAAGGCACACGAAGGCGCACGCCCCAUGAGAGCCAUCUUCCUGGCUGACGGCAAUGUCUUCACCACUGGUUUCAGCCGCAUGAGCGAGCGGCAGCUGGCUCUCUGGAAUCCGAAAAAUAUGCAGGAACCAAUUGCUCUUCAUGAAAUGGACACCAGCAAUGGGGUAUUGCUGCCUUUCUAUGACCCCGACACCAGUAUCAUUUACUUAUGUGGAAAGGGCGACAGCAGUAUCCGCUAUUUUGAGAUCACAGAUGAAUCCCCGUAUGUCCACUACCUCAACACAUUCAGCAGCAAGGAGCCUCAGAGAGGGAUGGGUUACAUGCCCAAGCGGGGACUUGAUGUUAACAAAUGUGAGAUUGCCAGGUUCUUCAAACUUCAUGAGAGAAAGUGUGAGCCUAUUAUCAUGACAGUUCCCAGGAAGUCAGACCUUUUCCAAGAUGACCUGUAUCCUGACACAGCGGGGCCUGAAGCGGCACUCGAGGCAGAAGAGUGGUUUGAGGGGAAAAAUGCAGAUCCAAUCCUCAUCUCCUUGAAGCACGGCUACAUUCCAGGCAAAAACAGGGAUCUCAAGGUAGUCAAGAAGAACAUUCUGGAUAGCAAGCCUACUGCAAACAAGAAGUGCGACCUGAUUAACAUCCCCAAGAAAACCACAGACACGACCAGUGUGCAAAAUGAAGCCAAGUUGGAUGAGAUUUUAAAAGAGAUCAAAUCUAUAAAAGACACAAUCUGCAAUCAAGAUGAGCGCAUUUCCAAGUUAGAACAGCAGAUGGCGAAGAUUGCCGCCUGAAGGCCCACCCCCACCCCCAAAAUGGGAGCAAGGACUCGGCCGGCCGGUAGCUGGUUGUUGGUGUGGUCCCAGGGAGGGCAAGAGGGAGGCACUGCCAUUUGGAGACAUUUCAUUUCAGAUUUGUCAACCAGCGAUAGGCCACAUUCCAGUAAGAACUCAAUUCGUCUCCCAAAUUUGCAGACACAAAAUGUGAUUUAAAAGCUGAGCUUUUUAUCAGAAAGCUUUUUUUGAUGUUUUAAGUGUUAUAUGUGACUUGUUGAACUUUUAAAAGACAAAAGUGCUACUUUUAAAAUCCCAGCUAUUCUAAUUUUAGAAAACCAACCAAUUCUGAUUCAGUGUCGUGCCCAAGUACCUUUUUUUUUUUUUUUUACAAAUAGGGACCAAUGCCACAUUGCUUUUUAUAUUUCUUUUUUUUUUUUAAUGUUGCCAAAACCAAAAGUAGCUUUUUUUUUUUCUUUGUAUUUUGCUACUUUGCAGUAUUUGUGUGUGGUUUUUUUUUUUUCUUAAUUUGAAAGGGACAGCACUGUGUAUGUUUAUAAACUAAAUGAAGAUAAGAUAUUAUUUUGUAUAAACAUUCAUCUGAGAACAAUCAGAGCAGUAGCCACAUCGUGCUGGCUCAGUUGCAGCACAAACCUGGUCAUCUUAAUGUCUGUACGCUAGAAAGACUUGAAAAAUCACGUGGAUUCGUAUUACCACCCCUCUCGUUUUAUUGAGUCUUCUGAUCAAAGAAAGCUCAUAUCGUAUCAUUUCCUUCAUUUCCUUUCUCUUUCCUAGAAAUUGGGUGGCUGUACCAGAAUGGAAUUUUGCUUCUUGGUUAUCCUGUGCUCCAGAUGAUUAUAAUCUAACCUAAACUAGCAUGUGUUCCUGCAUUUUUGUUACACAAGUAGACUGUAUUGCAUUCAUCACUUUAAACGUCAUAUUUCAGGUUUCGGUCAAUACUUGACAAGGGUGCCAGGACAAGAAGACACACGUGCUGUGGCGCGUUCCUUCUUGCCCAUUGCAGCAGCUUGCCUAGCUCUUGAGUAUAGUGGGGGACUAAAAACUAGGGAACCUCGAAGGGAUUGUUGGCCCCAUAUGAUCCUCUGCUUCCCUGCAUGUCCCAUGCUGUCCCCCUGCUGUGCUGGAGGACUAAGUGGCUCUCCCUGCACCACCAGCGCUCCUGCCCCUCCCUGUUCCUCAUAUGCAGCCACCUGUCUCAGGGCUCCCCCAGCCAUUCCUGUCCUUCCUGCCCUUCAGCCCUAACUGCAUUUAGCUAAGACGAGGCUGGAGGAAAAGGGUCUAGAAGGAAGCAAGACCAGGCGCGCAGACCUCUGCUGUAGCUUUAAUGUGUGCAAACGUGUCCCUUUGCACCCUUCACACCAACUAACCCGCUCUACCCUCCAGCUCGCACUGAGGCUGUGUCAAAGCACAGAGGCGCCCCAGACUCAGGGGCCAGCGGCUGAGCUCUGAUCACCCGUUCCAUUCCAGGGUUAGCUAGAACUUCUCUCCACUUCCAUUUUCUCAUAUUGCAUGUCUGAGAAACAAGAUUGAAGGAGCCUCUGUUUUGGAAGGGCUUUAGUUUGUGAUUGAACAUGAAACGUAUAGUGCCAUUGGGAUCACGACGGGAACUCGUUUGCACAUGUUCGUGCUAGUGUGGGGACAGGACUGGCUGGAAGUGUCUGAAUACGGAACCAGGAUGGAGGCCGAGUGUGGACAGUGGGUUGGAAUACACAGCCGAGCUGGGGGUGAUGUCCGUGUAAAACAAGGUACCCUGUUCUUAACUGAUAUUGGGAUCACUGUCUUCAUAAUUUCAGGGCAUCUGAAUGUUCGGUGUGGUUUUGUGUGUGUGUGUAUGUGUGUAUUUUUAAUAUUGGAGUGGAUAAUGAGAUGUAAACAAAACAGUAAUUACAGUGACUUAUAUUCAAACCUGUACAUGUUGCUUUAUCAACGUAAUCUGCUGAGGACCUUCAUUUUUAAGAUUCAGAAGUGUUUUAAGGUUCUGAUGUCAAAUUAAGGAAACAGAAUUGUUGACGGUGGUGAAACACCAUCGGGAAUGUGGUUCACAGAGAAGAAAGAAGGUAAAGAAAAGUUAUCCUGAUCUUAGUGUGUAGCUCAUGACUUAUUUAAUGAACAGAUGCCCAGCCAGGCUCAGAGUCAGCACCUCAAGCGUUGUGGAUUAUUUUUCCUGUUUUUUUUUCUCUCUCUCUCUCUCUCUGUCUCUCUAUCUCUCUCUUUUUUAAAAAAGCCGUGCUAUCCCAGAGGAGAACCAGUGAAUUAUUCCUAGAUCGGCUCUUAUAGAGCGGCCAUAGUAUUCUGUCAAAACACUUGCUUCCAUUUUCAAAGAUAAAAGAUCAUUGAUUACAAAA